GUUUGCCAGGCGCAUUUACGCCCCGUUCGUUUGGUACAAAUACGUCCUGCAUGCCCCCGCGAAGUAUGCGCAGGUGUCCGUGUCAAGCUUCCGAUAACCAGGAAUCUGUCUUGAGCUUUUAACGCUGACACUCACACAAGUCGAUAUGACAGUCGUCGUAGAAGGAAUUGGAGCGGCGUCUGGGCUAGCCAGCCUCUUCAACGCGUCUAUAACGUGGUUCGACUAUGUCCUUGUCGCUAAGCAGACGGCUCCGCGGCUGCAAUCGCUACUCGUGAAACUUGACGAUGCGCAACUAAGGCUAACGCGCUGGGGCAAGGCGGCCGGCCUUACAGGCUGGCGAAUUAAAGACGAGGAGUCGCUAAAGAGUUCGGGCUCAUUCAGGCUCGACGAGGACCAGGAGAAGCAAGCGAUCCGGACGUUCCGUACUGUUGCGGCCAUCUUCGAAGAGUGCCAGAAGCUCUGUCACCGCGAACGCAACGGCAAGAAUGACAAUGACCCCUGCGUCAAAGAGAACGAGAUCAGCCCGUUCGCCCCUAUUGGCAUGAAUUGGAACCCUAUGCACCGCUACCUUCAUAAGAAAAUGCAGGACAUCGUUGACGGGCGUAGAAACAAUGUCUCAGUCCCGCAGCGUGUCAAGUUCGCCAUUUACAAGGAGAGGCAUCUCGAGGACCUGAUCCAGAAAAUCAACGACCAUAUCGAUGAGCUGUACAAGAUUUACACCCCGCCUGCAAACGAGCAGGACGAGCUCGGCAAGACUGAGUUAGCGGAGCUCCUUGAGGUCAUGAAAGAGUUGAGGCUCGCUUCCGAACGCGACCCAGUUCUAAAGACUGCAGUUCAGAAUUUCGAGCAAAAUGUAAGUGGAAGGCAUCAUCGGAACCCCUUUUUGUCUAACGUUAAUCUAUGCUUGCGUUGCUAACACAAGCAGAAUAACAACAUGACCUUCAACACGACGGGCGGGAAUGUCCAGAAGAUGGGGCAAGAUCAG